GGGUGGGAUCAAUUCAGAUUUGGUUCUGUGUUGAAGCCCUAACGUGGCGCUGCUGGUCUUCAAACUCCGAAAUCUGACCAAAACAAGUCCAGCUGUUGCGGAUGGAUACACCACACUUACCUUCCUGCCCUCAGGUGAACAGCUUUGACAAGUCUCCGCACCAGUAACAUCGUCAACAUGAAGUCCCAGAGGGAGGACAUCAUUGUUCAGGCUCUCCUCUUGGUCCACAUCCCUGUGGCCUGCCUGUUCACUGCAGUGUCAGGUCAGUCUGACAGCAGCAGCAGUGUGGUGGUGGCAGGAUACAAUGUGAGCGCCCCCGCUGGGUCGAGGGUGGUGCUGCAGUGUGUGAGCGGCCGCAUGGUGUGGACCAGGGACAGGGUGAGGGAUAGACAGAGGGUGGUGCACUGGGACCUGUACCGGGCCCAUCCAGAUUACGCCAUGGAGAGAGUGCUGGACAUGUUCUCUGCAGGGGACCAGAGGAUCUACAACUCCUACAACCAGGGCAGGGUCGGCCUCAGUCCAACAGCCUUCAGGGAUGGAAACUUUUCCCUGGUCAUCAAAGAUGUGACAAUGAAUGACAGAGGUCUGUACUCUUGUAACCUUCACCAUCUCUACUGCCACCUGUAUGAGACUGUCAGAGUACAGCUCAACGUCACUAAAUCACGUCGAAAAGAACAGCGCUUCUGGGACGGUCAGAAGGCGGUGUAUGUGGUGCUGCUCGGCAGUACCGUGGUGCUGCCGUGCAUCAACCGACGUAAUGUGUGGACGGACUGGAGCGACGAGGAGGAGGACCAGCAGGUGGUCCACUGGGACCGUCAACCGCCGGGUGUCCGCCAUGACCGUGCUGACCGGCUGGUGGACUUGUAUGCAUCUGGGGAAAAACGUAGCUACGGACCGCUAUUCCUCCAAAGGAAGAUGAACAUUAGCAACCAAGCCUUCUCAGAGGGAGACUUUUCACUUGCCAUAUCUGAUCUACAGCUCACAGACCAAGGGAUGUAUUCCUGCCACCUCCACCAUCAUUACUGUGGUCUACAUGAGAGAAGAGAAUUUCAGGUCACAGUGGAACCACCAGUGAUUCAGACCACCCUGCCAGCCAAAGCCCUUCCCAGUGAAGACAAAGACACUAAGGCUGAAUCACCACGAGUCAUCAACGUCAUUGUGCCUGACCAGAGAAACCACUUUCUUCUGCCACUGGGCUACGUCCUCACCUCCUUUCUGCUUCUGGUGUUCAUUAUCCUCAUCAUCAUCCUCAUCACAUGCAGACGUAGAACCAAAGAGUUUUAUCCACAGGCAUCCAUGAGUGACAGGUCCAGCAGAAGUCACAGCAGCUCAGAAGAGUUUGAGAUGGACGUUGCUGAAGUGAGGGAGUGCAGCUGGGAGGAGAGAAGAUUCGACUACAAGAACAACCUGCUGAAAGAGAAGGUCCACCUGACUGCUCAGCCUAAAGUCAUUGAUCUUGACAAAGAGAUGCAGAAAUUUUCUAAGUGAGGAAAUGGCAAAUAAAAAGUGAAAAUGGAGUCACUGGCUGGUCCAGAGGCUGCACUCCAAACUAAAAACUGCCUUCUGUCCUGGCAGGAGAGACAGCAACAGACAAAAUGUUGUGAAAUGCAGAAAAGCAGUUUAAAUAAAACUGCUCACACUGAGGCCUCAUGUUUUCAAUAUUAGAGAAAAACUUUUUUUUUUCAUUCUACUUGGUCCAAGUAAAGUGGUUGGACUUGAACCACCGUGCGUGGUGCAAUAGCACCACCCAGAGGGGAGCCUUAGCCAAACCUUGACUGCUAAAUGAAGGACCAAUAUGGGCAUAAGAUGAACAAAGUUGACUCAGUUGUAACUGAAUGAAUAUGAGUUAUCAGUUUUUGCAGCUUUGAUCAUUGAAGUUAAAAAAUAACAAAUAAAUGUAUUGUGUAUUUUUUUUUUACUUUGUUUCUUUUUUGUUUUAAUUUCAUAUCCAUCUUGGCUUAACUGGCUGGACUGAAGCACCAACUCAAGUGCUAUUAUGGGCUAAGUGCUAUGUAUAUUAGUGUGUACUGCUUCCUCUUAGCUAUGAUUAAGUGUAUGCUAACUGACCAAUGAUGCCACAUAUGUAUUUUUUUUUUAUUUUGAAACUCAGACUGUAUUUUUUUGUGGAAUGUUCCUUUCUUUUCUAAACAUGUAUUAAAGUUGGUGCCAAUGUU